UUUGAUCUUUCUCAAGUGAAAGUCGAAAACUCAAAACCCUUCAACAUGUCCCCACCGAAGUUAAAUGAUGAGGAAAUAGAUCGAGCCGGAGAAGCCUCAGCAGAUGCGGCAUUGGUGUAUCUUCGUAAAGAGGAUUGGGAAAAAGUUAGCACUUGGUUAAUUAAAUCCAAACCUCUACGGAUUGGACCUUCAUUGUUAGAUGCUGAGAUUGGUACUCGUCUUAUGGAUAGAACCGAGUGGCUUCACAACUCGGAGAUUGACGCCAUGAUGUACGUAUACAGGGAGAGAACAUCUCUGAAACGAUGGAAACUUCACCGUGUCGCCUUCAUGUCUGUUGUCUUCAGCAACAUGAUUAAAAAGGAGUAUGAGAGUUUCAAGGCGGGUAUAAGAAAAUACAAGCUUCAUGAUUUGCUAGUGCAGUACGGCAAAGGGGUCCUUCCACCACAUGGACAGACACAAGAGAUAUGGAAUGUAGAUGUGGAUCGACUGUAUGUCCCUGUUCAUGUUAGCGGGAAUCAUUGGAUCGCAUUGUGUAUCAGUUUCGUGACGAGGAGCAUUGAUGUGUUUGAUUGCUCGGGCAGAAAAAGGUACAAGGAAUUGGAUGGGUUCGCAAACCUUGUUCCUCGUAUUGUCAAGGCAGUUCAGCCACCGAGUUACCAGAAAGACUUUACGUUCGCUGCAUAUACGGUUCACUAUGUCCCCAUGGGUAAGCUGAAUAAAAGUGCAUGUGAUUGUGGUGUCUACACAAUAAAGUUCAUCAAGUGCCACUCGCUUGGAUUGAAGUUGUCCAUGGUGAAUGAUGGUAACAUCAAAGAAGCUCGCCACAGAAUUUUGUGGGAUCUAUGGGAAGCGGCAAACGACCCAGAAUUGGUUGAGAGGAUGUCAAAUUAUGAACCUCCAGAGUGUCUCACUUUAACCGUAGAAGAGAUUCUGUGA